CUCAGCAAAUCAAGACCGUCCAUUGGGUCCACUGGCACCCAACGGGCCCUGUCCCAUCACCUCCCCUCCUAUAUAUACCCCCUCCUUCCCCUCGUUGUACCCUGGAUCAUAUCAAAGUAAUCCAUCACCUGCAACCAAAAAAACAAAAAAGGUAAUUAAUCGAUCACCGAUGGCGGAGAAGCACCACCACCACCACCACUUCCACCACCACAAGGAAGAGGAGAAGCCCGUGGAGUACUCCGAGACGGCCUACUCCUCCGGCAGCGGCUAUGGCGACGGCGGGUACAGCGCCGGCUACGCCCAGACGACGGAGGUGGUCGUGGAGACAAACGAAGCGGACUAUGAGAAGUAUAAGAAGGAGGAGAAGCACCACAAGCGCAUGGAGCAUCUCGGCGAGAUGGGGGCUGUCGCCGCCGGCGCCUUCGCUCUGUAUGAGAAGCAUGAGGCCAAGAAACAUCCAGAGCAUGCACACAGGCACAAGAUAGAGGAGGAGAUUGCUGCGGCCGUGGCGGUGGGCAGCGGAGGGUAUGCUUUUCAUGAGCAUCAUGAGAAGAAGGCGGCCAAGAAGGAGGCUGAGGAAUCCAGUGGGAAGAAGCAUCAUCACCUCUUCUAGACAAGAUGGAGCCUUUGUUUCUAUUUUAUGUUGAGACUGAGAUGGUGUUUUGGAUGAUGUAUUUUAUCUUGAUACCUAGAAUAAGUGCUGGUUUGUUUUAUUGUUGUGAUGUAAUAAUGGGUAUACUAGUAAAAUACCCACAAAAAUAAAGUUUUCAAAGCUACUGAUUGAUUGUUUGCUAUAAUAUUACUUUGGAUGGAUUGAA